UCUCCUUCCAUCUGCAGAUCGGCCUGAGCCGCGAGCCCGUGCUGCUGCUGCAGGACUCGUCUGGCGACUACAGCCUGGCGCAUGUCCGCGAGAUGGCUUGCUCCAUCGUGGACCAGAAGUUUCCCGAAUGUGGUUUCUAUGGACUGUAUGAUAAAAUCCUGCUUUUCCGUCAUGAUCCUACCUCUGAAAACAUCCUUCAGCUGGUGAAAACGGCAAGUGAUAUCCAGGAAGGAGAUCUUAUUGAAGUGGUCCUAUCAGCUUCGGCCACCUUGGAAGACUUCCAGAUCCGGCCCCAUGCUCUCUUCGUUCAUUCAUACAGAGCCCCCGCUUUCUGUGAUCACUGUGGAGAAAUGCUGUGGGGGCUGGUACGCCAAGGCCUUAAGUGUGAAGGAUGUGGUCUGAAUUACCAUAAGAGAUGUGCAUUUAAAAUCCCCAACAAUUGCAGUGGUGUGAGGAGGAGAAGACUCUCCAAUGUUUCCCUCACAGGGCUCAGUACUAUCCGCACAUCAUCUGCUGAGUUCUCCACCAGUGCCCCUGAUGAGCCUCUACUGUCUCCUGUGAGCCCAGGCUUUGAGCAAAAGUCACCGUCAGAGUCCUUCAUCGGUCGCGAGAAGAGGUCAAAUUCACAGUCGUACAUUGGACGGCCCAUUCAGCUUGACAAGAUUUUGCUGUCUAAGGUGAAGGUGCCGCACACCUUUGUCAUCCACUCCUACACUCGGCCCACGGUGUGCCAGUUCUGCAAAAAGCUCCUCAAGGGCCUCUUCCGGCAGGGCUUGCAGUGCAAAGAUUGCAGAUUCAACUGUCACAAACGCUGUGCACCAAAAGUACCAAACAACUGCCUGGGUGAAGUGACCAUCAAUGGAGAUUUGCUUAGCCCUGGGGCAGAAUCUGAUGUGGUUAUGGAAGAAGGAAGUGAUGACAAUGACAGCGAGCGGAACAGCGGACUCAUGGAUGACAUGGAAGAGGCCAUGGCCCAGGAUGCCGAGAUGGCUAUGGCAGAGGGCCAGAGUGAUGGUGCAGAGAUGCAGGAUCCAGACGCAGACCAGGAGGACUCCAACAGGACCAUCAGCCCUUCGACAAGCAACAACAUCCCCCUCAUGCGGGUGGUGCAGUCUGUCAAGCACACGAAGCGGAGAAGCAGCACCGUGAUGAAAGAAGGCUGGAUGGUCCAUUACACCAGCAAGGACACACUGCGGAAAAGGCAUUACUGGAGGUUGGACAGCAAGUGCAUCACGCUCUUUCAAAAUGACACGGGAAGCCGGUACUACAAGGAAAUUCCUUUAUCAGAAAUUUUAUGUCUGGAACCUGCCAAGCCUUCAGAAUUAAUUCCCAUUGGAGCUAAUCCUCACUGUUUUGAAAUCACCACGGCAAAUGUAGUGUAUUAUGUGGGAGAAAAUGUGGUCAAUCCUUCAAGCCCUCCACCAAACAACAGUGUUUUCCCCAGCGGCAUUGGCGCAGAUGUGGCCAGGAUGUGGGAGGUGGCCAUUCAGCAUGCGCUCAUGCCUGUCAUCCCCAAGGGCUCCUCUGUGGGCUCAGGAACCAACAUACAUAAAGAUAUUUCCGUGAGCAUUUCAGUUUCAAAUUGCCAGAUUCAGGAAAAUGUGGACAUCAGCACCGUCUAUCAGAUUUUUCCUGAUGAAGUUCUGGGUUCUGGACAGUUUGGAAUUGUUUAUGGAGGUAAACAUCGUAAAACAGGAAGAGAUGUAGCUAUUAAAAUUAUCGACAAGUUAAGAUUUCCAACAAAACAAGAAAGUCAGCUUCGUAAUGAGGUUGCAAUUUUACAGAACCUUCAUCACCCUGGUGUUGUAAAUUUGGAGUGUAUGUUUGAGACGCCUGAAAGAGUGUUUGUUGUUAUGGAAAAACUCCAUGGAGACAUGCUGGAGAUGAUCUUGUCAAGUGAAAAGGGCAGGUUGCCAGAACACAUAACGAAGUUUUUAAUUACUCAGAUACUAGUGGCUUUGCGGCAUCUUCAUUUUAAAAAUAUUGUUCACUGUGACCUCAAGCCAGAAAAUGUGUUGCUGGCGUCGGCCGAUCCAUUCCCUCAGGUGAAACUUUGUGAUUUUGGUUUUGCCCGGAUCAUUGGAGAGAAGUCUUUCCGGAGGUCAGUGGUGGGUACCCCAGCCUACCUGGCACCUGAGGUUCUGAGGAACAAGGGCUAUAAUCGCUCUCUAGACAUGUGGUCUGUUGGGGUCAUCAUCUAUGUGAGCCUCAGUGGCACCUUCCCUUUUAAUGAAGAUGAAGACAUCCACGAUCAGAUCCAGAAUGCAGCCUUCAUGUACCCACCCAAUCCUUGGAAGGAGAUUUCUCAUGAAGCCAUUGAUCUUAUCAAUAAUUUGCUGCAAGUGAAAAUGAGAAAGCGCUACAGUGUGGAUAAAACCUUGAGUCACCCUUGGCUACAGGACUACCAGACCUGGUUAGAUUUACGAGAGCUGGAAUGCAAGAUUGGAGAACGCUAUAUUACCCACGAAAGCGACGACUCGAGGUGGGAACAGUAUGCAGGCGAGCAGGGGUUGCAGUACCCCGCUCACCUGAUCAGUCUGAGCACGAGUCACAGCGACAGUCCUGAGGCUGAGGAGAGGGAGAUGAAAGCCCUCAGUGAGCGUGUCAGCAUCCUCUGAUUCCAUCCGCUCUAAUCUGUCAAAACACUGUGGAAUUAAUAAAUACAUACGGUCAGGUUUAACAUUUGCCUUGCAGAACUGCCAUUAUUUUCUGUCAGAUGAGAACAAAGCUGUUAAACUGUUAGCACUGUUGAUGUAUCUGAGUUGCCAAGACAAAUCAACAGAAGCAUUUGUAUUUUGUGUGACCAACUGUGUUGUAUUAACAAAAGUUCCCAGAAACACUAAACUUGUUGUUGUGGAUGAUUUAUGUUAUAUUUAAUACAUUAAACCUGUCUCCACUGUGCCUUUGCAAAUCAGUGUUUUUCCUACCAGAGCCUCAUUUUGGUAAGAGGCAGCACCUAUCCAUGAUGUCAUUGUGUUCGGUGAGCCCCAUCGAUGGUGGUGUUAUAAGCAAACUCUUGAGGAGUAGAUAAUUUGCUGGUGUUCUGUGAACAACUCAAAAUGCAUGGUGUGUGUGUUUUUGGGGGCGGGGUGAAAGAUGGGGAGAAGGCAUCUAAAGUCCUGCAACUGAGUUACAGGAAAACAGUUUUACUCUAUGGUUUCAAACCCGCUGCCUGUCUCGUGUGCCUCAGUGUAUUUAAACUCCUGUAAGUGCACCUCAAUAUGUGGAGCUAUUGCUCUAAGCCUAAAUGCCUUAGAAUGUAAACUGCUAUACAUACCAGAUGCAUUUCUUCCUUUAUUACAAUACCAGCUGUAUUACAGAAAACCAGCAACUCAGCAAAUGUUGGCCUUUCGUGUAUUUUUUCAAUAAUAAGAAAUAAAUAUUCUUCUCAAAAUCA